AAGCGCAAAAAAGAGAACCAUUUAAAACUAAUAUAAACGAUUCCCUCAUGUAAACAAAACAGCUGCCUCUUCUAACAGCUGAUAGUAUUACAAAGGUUAUUGUGUUAAUUAAUUUUCUAAAUAAAAUACAAGCUUUAAAAUGAACUCAAUAAAAUUGUUUCAACGUGGAAUUCUGCUCAGAAACUUACUAAGACAUUUUUCUAUCAAAUGUGGUCAACACCAGAAUAAAACUUUUAUAAGAAAACUUUCUUCAAGUUUUUCCAAUCCGAAAUAUACUCUGCCUUCAUUGGUUUCCUCUCUAUUGUUUAUAAAAGCUCUAACAAAUGAUAAAUCAGAUAAGAUCAUUAUUGAAGAAGCUGAUAAUUUAUAUGAUGAAGCUAAGUUUGGACAACUUCAUUCAGUUAUCUAUUCACAUAAAACAUCAGACAAUCCCGAAAUUUUAUGGAGAGUUGCCAGAUCAAUAUUUGAAAAUUCUCGGAAUGAGAAUGAUAAAGAUAGGCUAGCAAGUUUAGAAGAAGCUCUUGAUAUAGUUGAAAGAGCACUAGAAAUUAAUGAGCAGUGCUGGGCUGCGCACAAAUGGAAAGCUAUUUUAUUGGAUUAUGUUUGGCGCUACAAAAGUACAAAAGAAAGAAUUAUUCAUAGCUUUGAUAUUAAGAAGCAUAUGAAGCGGGCAAUUGAACUGAAUCCAAAGGAUGGUACUUCUUAUUACAUACUUGGAGAAUGGUGUUAUACUUUUGCUGAUAUGCCAUGGUAUCAGAGGAAAGUAGCUGCAGCAAUAUUUGCUUCACCACCUACUUCAACUUAUGAGGAGGCUCUUAGUUGUUUUGAAACUGCUGAAAAAGUUGAACCUUUGUUCUACAGUAUGAAUUUACUUAUGAUGGGAAAAUGCCACCUGAAGAUGAAUAACAAAGAUGAAGCUACAAAAUUUCUAAAAAUGGUUUUAGAGUAUCCAGUCAAAACACCAGAUGAUCAAAAAGCACGAGAAGAGGCUGAGAAACUUUUGAAGACAUUAUAAAAAAAAAUAAUUUAUUCUAUCAAUUGUUUAUUUUAUCUCUAUUUUCUUAAGAACAUAUUUAUAUUUUAUAUAAAGUUUAUAAUUUUAUGCUUAUGCAUACUGAUAAAUACUUUUUAUUAA